CCCUAUGGAUGGGAGAUGAUGCCAAACCGAGAGGGACGUGACUACUUCAUCAAUCACAUGACACAGGCAAUCCCAUUUGAUGACCCUCGGUUUGCCAGCUGCCAAAUCAUCCCUCCAGCUCCACGGAAGGUGGAGAUGAGGAGAGACCCUGUGCUGGGCUUUGGGUUUGUGGCGGGGAGUGAGAAGCCUGUGGUCGUUCGCUCAGUGACACCAGGCGGCCCUUCAGAAGGCAAACUGAUCCCAGGAGAUCAGAUUGUAAUGAUUAAUGAUGAACCGGUCAGCGCUGCACCAAGAGAGCGGGUCAUCGACCUGGUCAGAAGCUGCAAAGAAUCGAUCCUGCUCACUGUCAUCCAGCCUUACCCUUCUCCCAAAUCAGCAUUUAUUAGUGCUGCAAAAAAGGCAAGACUGAAGUCCAACCCCGUCAAAGUGCGCUUUUCUGAAGAGGUCAUCAUCAAUGGCCAAGUGUCGGAAACUGUUAAAGACAAUUCACUUCUCUUUAUGCCAAAUGUUUUGAAAGUCUAUUUGGAAAAUGGGCAGACCAAAUCCUUUCGCUUUGACUGCAGCACCUCCAUCAAGGAUGUCAUCUUAACCCUGCAAGAGAAGCUGUCUAUCAAAGGCAUUGAACACUUCUCCCUCAUGCUGGAGCAGAGGACCGAAGGGGCUGGGACCAAGCUGCUGUUGCUUCAUGAGCAGGAGACACUCACCCAGGUGACACAGAGACCCAGCUCCCAUAAAAUGAGGUGUCUUUUCCGGAUCAGUUUCGUCCCAAAGGAUCCAAUUGACCUGUUAAGGAGAGAUCCGGUCGCCUUUGAGUAUCUCUAUGUUCAGAGUUGUAACGACGUCGUUCAGGAGCGAUUUGGACCUGAGCUGAAAUACGACAUUGCCUUGCGGCUGGCCGCCUUACAAAUGUACAUCGCCACUGUCACCACCAAACAGACGCAGAAAAUCUCCCUCAAAUACAUUGAGAAAGAAUGGGGCCUGGAGACAUUUCUUCCAUCUGCUGUGCUGCAGAGCAUGAAAGAAAAGAACAUCAAGAAAGCUCUCUCCCACCUUGUCAAAGCAAAUCAAAACUUGGUACCACCGGGUAAAAAGCUGUCUGCAUUGCAAGCCAAGGUUCACUAUCUCAAGUUCCUCAGCGACCUGCGAUUAUAUGGAGGUCGUGUGUUCAAGGCAACAUUAGUGCAGGCAGAAAAGCGCUCAGAAGUGACUCUUCUGGUUGGUCCCCGCUAUGGCAUAAGCCAUGUCAUAAACACCAAAACCAACCUGGUGGCUCUUUUAGCUGACUUCAGUCACGUCAACAGGAUUGAAAUGUUUACGGAAGAGGAGAAUUUGGUGAGGGUGGAGUUGCACGUGCUAGAUGUGAAGCCCAUCAUACUCCUUAUGGAGUCAUCAGAUGCCAUGAACCUGGCCUGUCUGACGGCUGGAUACUACCGGCUGCUUGUGGACUCCAGGAGAUCAAUAUUUAACAUGGCCAACAAGAAAAAUGCAGGCACACAGGACACAGGAACAGAAAAUAAAGGCAAACACAAUAUCCUUGGCCCUGAUUGGAACUGUAUGCCCCAGAUGACCACCUUCAUUGGCGAAGGGGAACAAGAAGCCCAAAUCACAUAUAUAGAUUCUAAGCAGAAGACAGUUGAGAUGCCAGACAGCACCUUGUGUCCCAAAGAGCACCGGCAUUUAUAUAUUGACAACUCAUACAGUUCUGAUGAACUUAGCCAACCACUGACUCAGCCAGGAGAUGCCCCCUGUGAGGCCGACUACAGAAGCCUAGCUCAGCGGUCCCUGUUGACCCUCUCGGGACCAGACACUCUUAAGAAAGCACAGGAAUCCCCAAGAGGAGCUAAAGUGUCCUUUAUUUUUGGAGAUCUUGCCCUGGAUGAUGGCAUGAGUCCCCCAACUCUAGGCUAUGAAAGACUAUUAGAUGAGAAUCCAGAAAUGCUGGAGAAGCAGAGGAAUCUCUACAUCAGCAGUGCCAAUGACAUGAAAAACCUGGACCUCACUCCGGACACAGACAGCAUCCAGUUUGUGGCAAAUUCUGUAUAUGCAAACAUCGGUGAUGUGAAGAACUUUGAAGCCCCUGAAGGGAUAGAGGAGCCCCUCUUACAUGACAUCUGUUAUGCAGAAAACACGGAUGAUGCAGAAGAUGAAGAUGAGGUGAGCUGCGAGGAGGACCUUGUGGUGGGUGAGAUGAAUCAACCAGCCAUCCUCGACCUGUCAGGGUCAAGUGAUGACAUCAUUGACCUCACGACCCUGCCUCCUCCAGAAGGCGAUGACAAUGAGGAUGACUUCCUCUUGCGCUCUCUGAACAUGGCCAUCGCUGCUCCGCCACCUGGCUUUAGAGACAGUUCUGAUGAGGAGGACACUCAGAGCCAGGCAACAUCCUUCCAAGAGGACAAGGAACAAAGCAGCAGCCUCCAGAAUGAGGAGAUUCCUGUGUCCCUCAUUGAUGCUGUGCCCACCAGCGCAGAGGGCAAGUGUGAGAAGGGACUGGACCCUACUGUCGUUUCCACACUAGAAGCUCUAGAAGCUCUUUCAGAAGAACAACAGAAGAGUGACAGUUCAGGUGUAGCCAUCUUGCGGGCUUAUAGCCCUGAGUCUUCAUCAGACUCGGGCAAUGAGACUAACUCUUCUGAAAUGACAGAGGGUUCUGAGCUAGCCGCAGCCCAGAAGCAGUCGGAAAGUCUCUCCCGCAUGUUCUUGGCCACUCACGAAGGCUAUCACCCUCUGGCAGAAGAGCAGACAGAGUUCCCCACCUCCAAAGCCCCCUCAGGGGGCUUGCCUCCAAAGUCCUCCCAUGGCCUGGCUGCUCGCCCAGCGACUGACCUCCCACCCAAAGUUGUGCCUUCCAAGCAGAUUCUUCACACAGACCACAUGGAAAUGGAGCCAGAAACCAUGGAGACCAAGUCGGUCACGGACUAUUUUAGCAAACUGCAUAUGGGGUCAAUGGCAUAUUCCUGUACCAGCAAAAGGAAAAGCAAACUUGCUGAGGGAGAAGGCAAAGCCUCCCUGAGUGGGAAUGUGCCAGGAAAAAAACAGCAAGGAACCAAAAUGGCAGAGAUGGAGGAGGACACCAAAGGCAAAGUUGGCACUGUGUCUUCGAGAGACAGUCCACACCUCAGCACUUUUAACCUGGAGAGAACUGCCUUUCGCAAGGACAGCCAAAGAUGGUAUGUGGCCUCUGAUGGUGGGGUGGUAGAGAAAAGCGGCGUGGAAGCACCAGCCAUGAAAACUUUUCCCAGAGGUCCAGGUCUGGGAAACAGGGAGGCCGAAGGGAAGGAGGAUAGUGCUGUGGAAGGAGAGGCUGAUGACAGUUCAGGACUUGACCAAGGGGACCGCUUCCUAACAGACAUGGCCUGUGUGGCCUCAGCCAAAGACUUAGAAAACCCUGAAGAUGCUGAUUUACCCACUUGUGACCAUGCCACUAAGCUUCCUGAGGCUGAAGAUAGCGUGGCCCGCCUUUGUGACUACCAUUUGGCCAAGCGGAUGUCAUCCCUGCAGAGUGAGGGCCAUUUUUCUCUACAGAGCUCUCAAGGCUCUUCAGUGGACACAGGCUGUGGCCCAGGCAGCGGUAGUAGUACCUGUGCCACUCCUGUGGAAUCGCCCCUCUGCCCCUCCAUCGCCAAGCACCUGAUUCCAGAUGCUUCUGGGAAAGGAGGGAGUUAUAUUUCACCAGAGGAGAGAGUCCCUGGCCAUCCCAACCACGGAGCCACCUUCAAGGAAUUACACCCACAGACAGAAGGAAUGUGUCCGCGCAUGUCAGUGCCUGCUCUGCACACAGCCAUUAAUGCCGACCCCCUGUUUGGCACUUUGAGAGAUGGAUGCCAUCGAUUGCCCAAGAUUAAGGAAACCACAGCUUUGACAGAGCCUGGGAAGGAGAGACAAGGAGGCAUGCCUUCAGCUUGGUCUCAACAUCCUGAAGCUGAUCCCAUCCUGCUACCAUCAAAUAUUCACUUGGAAUCAAAGGUGCCAAGCCCAAAUCAAGACCCUAAUGAUUUCUCCCAAGCAAACCAGGCAUUUGGAGAGGCUGUGAGCUGGUGGCCAGCGGAUCUGAGAGGGGGGAGCCUCAGGACACCCCCCAGCCAGAGGGCACUCAGACAAAGCAGCAGUGUCCUCUCAGGACCUGUAGGUUUGGAGACCUUCCAAGAGAGAACCAAGGGUGCAGUCAGCUUGAAGUAUCCAGGUAUCACAGAAGCACAUGAGGCCAGUUCAGAAAGACGAGCAGAACUCCCCCUGGGGAAGAAGCUCACCAAAAGUUUUUCCCAAAGCUCGAUGCACUUUAUCUCUGAGGGAAAGUUUCACAAAAGGUCCCCAGUGUCUCAUAAAGACUCAAAGCUGUAUAGGACCCUACCCUUGCGGAAGCUGGAGGGCAGCAACUGGAGAUGCCGAGGACCCUUCAGCUACUGUUUUCUGAACCAAGGGCAGGAUGAAGAUGGGGAUGAGGAUGAAGAGGAGGGAGAGACCACCCUUCAGGUCUCUUGCCUCUAUCGACCACAGAUAACUCAAGCCAUGCAGGAACCAAGCAAGUCAUCUCUGGGUAUUGGACUGCAGAAACAAGGAGAACUGUCAAGGGGGGCAGUGCUGAAGGUCUGGACAGAAGACCCCAGUGGCCCAGAUGACUUGGACUUCAGCAGUCUGGCUUUUGAUGCCCGAAUUGCAAGAAUAAAUGCCCUAAAGGCUAGCACAUAUGGAAUGCCCGAUGGGUUCCUUGAAGCCCAGAAUGAUGCCAAUGAGCUGCUCUGCCUUGUCAGGGCAACCAAGGUGAAGAGGGAGGAAUCACGCCCUGAAGCAUAUGACCUUACACUUUCUCAGUAUAAGCAACUGUUAUCCAUUGAGUCCAGACAGUUGGGAAGUGCCUGUAGAAAAAUGGCAAUGGCCGAGAAAAGCCCAGAAGAGAUGCUCCUAGCUAUGAGUUCCAGUUUUCAAGUUCUCUGUUGUCUAACAGAAGCUUGUAUGCGGUUAGUGAAAGUCGUGAACUCUGAAGCACAGCGGCAGGAAAUUGUAGCGAAGAUUGAUGAAGUGGUCAUAAACUAUAUUUGUCUCCUGAAAGCUGCUGAGGCAGCCACUGGCAAGACCACGGGGGAUCCUAGUAUUGGACUAUCGAUGCGACAUUCAACCACCAUGGCCGCUCUUGUAAGCACACUAACACGUUCUCUCAAGAUGCUUUUGAAUAAAUAA